UUGAGUUAGGUAACGCAAUUUUGUGAAUUAUUUUGUUAGGGAGAAAUAAAGUUACUACCAUUUUUACGUGAGACAUAUAUUCGUUAAAAAUCUCUCAAGAAAUUCUAAUGCGCGCAACAUCUAGAUUUUGAUCUUUUAAAAUAUGAAAGAAAUUGAUAUAAAUGAUAAGAGAAGUGACUAAUAGACUUUCAAUACACUUUAUCCGCCGCAUAUUGCGUAAUCUACUCUCUUGUAUCGAAAACUGAACUGCGCGUGGCCUCUCCAGAAUUAACAUUUCUUCCUUCUCAGAAUUAAUUCUAUUCUUCUGGCUACAUAUUAGACAUGUCUACUCUGGGUAUAUAUUUUUUAUCCGCUUCUUCUUUCUCUUUUUUUACCUUGCUGAAGCAUGAAAAAUUCAUAUUUCGGAUCAUGUAAUUCCGUUAAGUACAGCUUGUCAACGUGACGCAACGGGGACAAAUACGUAUUGUCUACUGAUGAUUCGUCUGUGCAACUAACAGCUCCGCUCCUCCCUCUCGUCAAAGCGUCCCCCUUCGUACAAUUUUUCCCCCACAAAUUUCCAGUACGUUGGCAGAUUAACAUGAAUGCGUUGUUCGACACGCGCUAUUAUAUAACUAAACUGUUUGCGUCGAUGGUCGGUAUAUGGCCAUAUCAGUCGCAGCUUAGAAAAAAGAUCAUCCCAUCGGUCAGCAUGUUCGUAAUGUUCACAUUUUUUCCGCCUCAGGUGAAGAGAUUGUACGACGUGUGGGGGAAGGACAUAGACGCCGUGUGCAUGUGUAUACCUCCUAUCGUGGGUAUUUUAGUGAGCAUGACUAAAGUAGUGACCAGCGUACGAUGUGAAUCGCAGGUGAAAGAGUUACUGCGCCAGAUCGAAAUGGACUGGAAAAUAAAUCCGACGGCGAAGGAGUAUGAGAUUUUAGUGAAUUACACGUCGAAGGGGAGAACGUUGUGCAUCAUUUACUCAACUAUGUUGUGUAACGCAGUCAUGUGCUUUAUCAUGACACCGGUGAUCUCGCCGGUACUGGACAUCAUCUUACCCCACAACGGGACGCGCGCGAGAAGCCUAGCCUACGACGUUGAUUACGGGAUUGACGUUCAGACUCACUGGCUAUGGUUGUGGCUGCACAGUAGUACGACGACAACAACGACUGUAUUAAAUAUCAUUGGCGCCGAUCUGAUGUACAUUACGCUUACCGUUCACAGUUGCUGCCUGUUUGCGAUAGUAAGGUAAGCGUCAGAGAUAUAAGUAUCUGUUCGUUUGCAACUAAUUGUAAGUGAAACCGGCUAUAGAUUCCGCAUUUUAUUCCGCAACCGACAAUUCGCAAUGAUCUGAGAGAGCUAUAGCUCGCUGAAGAUAUUAAAUUGUCUUCUUAAAAUAAUUUUAAAAAAUUAAAAUAAUUAAAAAAAAUCAAAAU